AUGGAGUCUCUGCCGUACGAAGUGCUCUUGGAAGUCGUAGGAUGGGCCGCCGCCCUGGACAAGACGACUGCCUUUUCUCUGACCCUCACUUCCCGCAGCGUCAGACGUGCUGCUUUGCCAGCCGUCUACGCACACGUCUAUCUCCGUUCAGGUGCCCGUGUCAAGAGUUUCGUUUCAGCGGUCAAGGCGCGCCCGUCUCUCGCCGCACAUGUCCGUCAGCUCUCUCUGGAAGAUGCCAGCCUAGCAUCCACGAGCGCUUGGAGCUGCGGUGUAGGCCCAUUCGACUGCGAUGACCACACCUCGUGGAUAGAUUUGUGCGCAAUGAUAACCCAACUCACCAAAACUGGAACCCUAAGGUCUCUGGCUCUCUCAACGACAGCCAUCAUGCGUCUGUAUACCGACAGACACACGCGCUGCCCUCGUAGAGGAGACUUUAAGCCCGGCACUGGCCCGAAUCUGCCUGCCGCGCAUGCGUUCGGCAGUGCAAGGCUGUUGGUAGAUGAUCUCGUCAUUUCAGGCUGCGACGAGCAACAGCAUCUAGUUAUGAAGAACUUUCAUCCUCGAUCCACCCUGACCAUCUACGGUGACGAAUGCGUGUGGUCAUCCGAAAUCGUUUGGAGCAUGCUACGCGCCUUUCGAGACAACGAGGAAGGGCCAGAGCAAGCGCAAUGCACGGAUCAUGCAACACCCGAUCCUGAAGCCUGCAAAAAUAGAAUCGACGCACCUCAGUCAAAGUCUGGAUGCUCGGAGGUCGAGCUUCGGCUCGUUGUGGGAAGCGUCAUGGAUCCGCCACGUCUUGUACGGAAAGCAAGCGAGUUAGUUCUUCGUCAAGCUGGUGAAGACGCACCUUUCAGCAACGUGAUCCUCAAGAUUCGCGACGUGGACGACCGUGCUGCAUGGGCUCAAGAAGCGGUGGACCGAGUCAAAGACCACGCCGGUCGAGUACCAAUUGAGAUACGUCGCUGGAACGUUUACGGUGGGCGGUUGGUGCAGUAUGCAGCCGAGCGCAUGGAUUGGUCAAACGGAGUCUGCUUUGAGACAGUCAUGGACGACACCGAAUCAAUCAUCGAGGGACGUCUCCCAACGAGCUCGUGGGGUCCGCACCAACUCUCUUGGUGCGGCAUCUCCCAGUGUAACCCAGGACUCGGCUCUGAUCCGUAUAACAUGCGGCACUGGGCACCAAUGUCUGCAUCACGCAACAGCCCAAACCAUCCCUUCACCAGCUUGGAUUCGUGCUAUCCUCGAGACUGGCAUCGCUUCAACUUCAUGUCAUGA